AUGGCUCAAAGAGAGAGCCGAGAAGAUACCGCGUAUGUGGAAGUGUUGGAUCCCAACCGACAAAUGAGUGAUGAGUUGUUUGCCGAAGAGAUGGGAGGAGCGGUUGCGGCGAAAGAGUUCCCCUUCCGGUUGGACUCGUUUCAGAUGCAGCGCUACCGCGUGUGCAGCCGGCCGUUCUGUCACCAGCGGCUGAUACGGUAA